UGACUAGACUGACUUAUUCUGUCAUUUAGUCAACCAUCAUUCUUUCAUUAUCUAUACACCAAUUGUUGUGCACGUGUUGAAUCUAAUAGGUUCCAAAUCAACAAAAUGGCCAAACGUACAAAGAAAGUUGGAAUCACAGGUAAAUACGGUACCCGUUAUGGUGCUUCUUUACGUAAAAUGGUAAAAAAAAUGGAAAUAACACAGCACGCUAAAUAUUCCUGCAGUUUCUGUGGUAAAGACGCAAUGAAAAGGAGUUGUGUUGGUAUCUGGUCUUGCAAACGGUGCAAGAGGACUGUAGCAGGAGGAGCUUGGGUAUACUCUACUACCGCCGCAGCAUCAGUUAGAUCUGCCGUCAGACGUCUUAGGGAAGUUAAAGAACAGUAAUUUUUUAUGUAGUUAAUAAUAAAAAUUAUUUAAAAA